AUGGCGACCCUUGCUGAGCCCGAGGAGCUGGAAGUCUCCAUCGUCAAGGAGAGUCAGAUCUCGCCCCCCAAGGAGACCCCGAAGGUCCCCAAGGUCCCCAAGGAGGCCCCCAAGGUGGCAAAGCAAAGCCAGAAGAAGCAGGCCUCUACGAAAAUGAAGGCCACCAAAAAGGCACAGGCCCCGGCCCAGCCAACGGUCAAGAGACCCCGGGGACGGCCCCGAAAACCCAGGAACAACACCGUGGACACGGCUAUCGUGCUAUCUGAUGAUGAUGAUGAUGAUGAUGAUGAUGAUGACAAUGAGGAAGAUGAUGACGCCAUGCCGAAGAAGGUUUUGUGGGAUACUAAGAAGCGGUCGCUGGGCAAGGUAGAGUCUCCCGCGUCUGCCCCGAGCGCUAAGCGGCGUGCUGCCGAUUCUUCCUCCUUGCGCGCUGAGCUCGACGAGCUCAAGGAGGAACUGGCCUCCGAGAGGGAGCUGCUCUCGGAUGCCCGGGCUGAGAAGUCCAGACUUGCCCACCUCCUGGAGGAGAAGGAGGCUUCUUGGGGCGCCGAGCUGGCGGUCCAGAUGGCCCCAUUCCAGCUCCAAAUCCAGAAGCUGGUGCAGGAGAGGGAGGCUCUGGAAUCCAAAUGCCAGAGCCUCCAGCAGCAGCUGGACAUGGCUUUGGGUGGAUGCCAGGAGGAUCAAGAUCCCGACAGUGCUCUCAGCGAUGAUUUAACCACCCGAGUUCAACAGCAGAGGGGCAUCAUCGCCACCCAGAGCAAGGAAAUUGCCGAUCUCGAGGAACUUGAGGAGGAACGUGAGAAGGAGGUGGCCGAGGCCCACCAGAAGAUCGCCCUUCUCACCCAGACCGUCAGAGAGCUCACCGCCCAGCAUGAAGGCUCCUCCAAGCUGCCCCAUGAACAGCAUAAAACAAUUCAACAGCUGCAGGAUGAUCUGGCCCAAUCAGAGAUGCUGCGCUCCCAGGCUGAGGAGAGUCUCCACGCCACGACAAAGAAGCUUGGUCAGGUCGAAGAAGAGCUGACGAAGUCCGAGAGGAAGCUUCCAAAACUCACGAAGCAGUUGGCCGGGGACGAAGUAGAUAACACCGAAGACGUACGGGCUGCCGUUAGAGACGAAAUGGAGACCGAGGCAAAACGCCUCGUAAUCGAAAACACACGCCUGCUAUCGUUGGUUACCGAACUGCAGAAGGAGAAGCUUGAGCUCACUGAGGCCUAUGGGGAAGAGGGCAAUCUGCUUAACCAGCUUCAUGCGUACAAGGAUUCGGUCGAGGCACUUCGGGCCGAAAAGGCACAGCUCCUAAGCUCCCUGGAUAGCGCGAAUGAAACAAUCGCCGGGUUGAAGCAAGACCUCGAGCGUCAUAUUGCCGCGUCCAAGCAGAAGGUCGCCUCGAUCGUGGCUCAGAGUGAGCAUGAGAGGGCUUGUCAGAACCGGCAGUUCGAUGAGACCAUUGCUCAAUUGCAGCUCGACCUAGCUGAAAAAAGCAGCGACAACAAGCAGCUGCGAGAGGCACUCGCCAACGCCCAGAAGGAUGCGGCCAACCAUCACAACAUUGAGCAGAUGAACCAGGAGGUGGCUUCCCAGAGCCAUAUGCUAGCGAACAUCCAGGACGCUGCGAAGGAGUGCCGCACCCGGAUGGAGACCAGGAGCGAUGUGGUCAUUACAGCGCUGCGCGACCGGGUCACCAAUCUCACCGCCGACAUCACCAAGUCGGAGAAGACCUCCGCAGCCCUCCACGCACAUCUCCAACGGCGCCACGCCCUCAUCACGGGAACGGAGCAGACCAUCUCGGCCGAGAAGGCAGCCAUCAGAGAGCUGCGCAACAUCGCCUCGGCCCUCCCCGACGAGGAGAAGGCCAACCUCCAGGACCGCAUCGCAGCGCACGAGACCAAGCUGCGCGAGCUCACGCUCACUACCCUCCCGGACCUGACUACGGGGAUCCUGAAGACCAAAACCCUGGCCGACACCCAGACCAACACCAUCAACUCCAUGCAGGCCGAGCUGAACAGCAUCUCGCGCGGACGGGACUACGUCGCACAGGAGAUCGCCGCGCGGCUGGCGACAGUCAAGCGGCUGAAAGCCCACCUGGCCAGGGCCUCGCAGACCAUCGAUCGCAUCGCCGCCGCCGCCCGGAGCCUCUACCUCUACCCGCGACCGCGCCCGGAGUCGGACGACCAGAAGACCCUUCUCCUCAUCACCGACGUGCUCAGGGAGAAGGACGAGACUACGGCGCUGCUGACGGCGCUCGAGACGGAGUUCAGGGCGCUCCGCAGCAAGUCGGCCGCCGCCGUGGUGGCCAUCAACAGCAGCAUUGUGGACCUGCCGCACCGCCUGAACAUCCUGGCGGCGGAGGCUGCUGGGGCCGAGAAGCUGGGGCAGGCGCAGCGUGCCGAGGUCGAGAAGCUGCGGGCGGAGCUGGCGCGUGUGAUGGCGCUGGUGGAGAAGUUGAGGAAGGAGGUGGUGGUGGCGACCGUCGCCGGAAAGGGGGACGGGGCCGUGGAGAUGAAGGAGGACCGGGGUGACGCCUCCGUCCAGGAUAAGGGCAAGGGCAUCUGGUCUGCUUGGAUGAAGCGCUAG